GCUGCUGCUACCGCCGCCGCCGCCGCCGCCGCUUCCGGCUGGAAGGGGACUCAGAGUGCAGAGUCAGCUGGGCAGCAGGAGGCGGAGGCGCGCGCGCAGGAGCAGGACUUGUCCUUUGACACCAGCUGGACAGAAGAAGCCAAGUCCUGCACUGUUGAACUUGCUGCCAUGGGGAACAUAUUUGGCAACUUGCUGAAGAGCCUGAUUGGCAAAAAAGAGAUGCGAAUCCUUAUGGUGGGUCUUGAUGCUGCUGGGAAAACCACCAUCCUCUACAAACUCAAACUGGGAGAGAUCGUCACCACUAUCCCUACUAUUGGGUUCAACGUUGAGACGGUUGAGUACAAGAACAUCAGCUUCACUGUAUGGGACGUCGGUGGCCAGGACAAGAUACGGCCCCUCUGGCGACACUACUUUCAGAAUACCCAGGGUCUGAUCUUUGUAGUGGACAGCAAUGAUCGGGAACGAGUAAAUGAGGCACGUGAGGAACUGAUGAGAAUGCUGGCAGAGGAUGAGCUGCGAGAUGCCGUUCUCCUUGUCUUUGCUAACAAGCAGGACCUUCCCAAUGCCAUGAACGCAGCAGAAAUCACGGACAAGCUGGGCCUGCAUUCACUGCGCCAUCGCAACUGGUACAUCCAGGCCACCUGCGCCACCAGUGGAGAUGGCCUCUACGAAGGCUUAGAUUGGCUGGCCAACCAGCUGAAGAACAAGAAAUGAGUGCAGGAGGGGGGUGGGCUAAGCCCUUCACUGUUGGUUCCAUUUUGGGUUGAUCCCCUCCCUCCGGUCCUCUUGUCACACCCUUCCUUCCCUGUUGGGUUUGCUUUUCUUGCCGGCACCGGUUGCUGUUGGGGGGAGGGGGGGGUGGGAGGGGGGAGGGUUGGGGCUAACUUUUGAUUUCUCUCUCUCUCUCUCUCUCUCUCUCUCUCUCUCUCUCUCUCUCAUGUUCUGGCUCUGCCAGGAUUUUUUGCACGGUCUCUGUGUGUGCGCGUGCGUGUGUGAUAAAUAUAUAUAUAGAGAUAAUAAAAUAUAUGGGUGUGGUGGGAGGGUUGGGACAAGUGGGAGUUGGAUGCCAAUUCUGUGGCCUUUCUUUCUUUCUUUCUUUCUUUCUUUCUUUCUUUCUUUCUUUCUUUCUUUCUUUCCCCCCUAUCUUUUAGUUGGAUCAAUUUUUGUAUUUUUGGUGGUCUGUGAAACUUGGCUCUCUUUGUUUGGAGGUGACCAAUACUCGUCAGUGGCAGCUGCUUCUUGCUUUUGUGUGCUGUUGGUGCAGGUUGGUGGAAAAUCCCACAGUCAUGAGGCCAGGAAAUAAGGGAGGUGGUGUGUAGCCUCCAUAUGCGCAGGGGCUGAAGGAGACAAGGAAGGAAGGAUCAGGGGUGGGGGGGCAGGACUUUAGAUUCCCCAGAGUACAGUAUGUAUUCUCCCUGUCCUGUCUAUAUUAGCUGGCUCCCCCUGUUGGCAUUAAUGAGAUUGCAGUCAUAUUGAAUGUCCUACUCUGUUUCUUGCGCCCUCUCUAUCAUCCUGUUAACAAUCCUCUUAGUGACUCAUGCAGUGAGCUCUAUUAUGCUGCUGAUGAGCUGAAUCAUUUGCAUUCCAACCUCUUAGACCAAUUGGCGCUGGAGCCCUGAAUAAUGUCCCCUAAGCCACGCAAAUUCCUUUUUCUCUUUACUUCUCCUCACCCCCUCCCCAAAGAGGAUCAGCAUUGAUAGGUUGCUGCAGUAGAUUUGGGACCAGUGGCUGUCAAGAGCUACCUGUGUGGAUGUUAAUGCCCCACCUGGUUACCUGGCCUGGACUUUCCAUCCAAGGGAUGUAUGCACACAUGCAAGAGCAUCCCAGCUGCUAGAUGUUUCCACCAACCAACUUGCUGUUUUCUCCCCUUGGAAGCUGCAAAGGAGGGAGCUUUCUCAUUGCUGCCCUGUUGCAUGAUAUGACCCCAGUGGACCUCCCUCCCUCCCUCCACUGCCCUUGGACCUGUAUUCUGGCCCAUGAACGUUUCUUUUUCCCAUGCUGGGGGGAGUGGCCGAGUCGCUUUUCUCCCUUGUUAAUUUUGGGGAGUAAUGAUUGUAUUAGGGUCAAACCCAGGUCACUGCAUGUAACUUUCGGGUGACUCCCUGCCUCUGGACAGUGUUGGUACUAUGUAUUCCCCUCCUCGCUCCUGGCAAAUGUGUAUUUAUUCCUCUUUUGCUCUCCCUUUGCCACUUCCCCCUCAAAACUUCAGCUCCUUUUGCUUGGUGUAAAGUGGUUUCAUUUUCCCUUAGUUCUGAUUUCUUCAUACUAUGGGCCAUGGCGACCUGUUUGUGUUUUUCUUGCCUCCCCCCUUCUUUGAACAGUUGGAUGCACCACAGCCUCUGUGCACUCCCAUUGGAUAUUAAACUCGUUUUAUGUA